GACGCGUACAUUUUCUGCUGCACAGCGCACAAGUAGCUGUGGGCGUAUUUGUGCGCCGCCCUUACUGACAAGCAUACGCAUUCGCUUGAAAGCAAAUCAUCUUGCGUCACGCAAAGCGCAUUCAUACGAUGGCUCCCAAGCGGACACUGCCGCCAAAGCAGCCAGUUGAGCCUGCGUCGGACGACUCUGACGACGAUGCGCCGGAGGAGGUGACCGGCACGCAGGCUCGCGAGGAGGCCAUUCAGGCGCGGAUGCAGGAGAAGCAAACAGUGGCUGAGAAGCGGCGAGCGGAGGCGGAGAAACGGCGCACGCGCACGCAAGCGGCGCAGGCGGCGGCAGCGGCCUCGGGCAAGCGGCCGCGAGCAGCAGCAGAGGAGGAGGAGGAGGACGACGAGGAGGAGGAGGAUGACGAGGAGGAGGAGGAGCUUGAUGACGAGGAGCUGGCGCUGCUUGGGGGCGACAUGGGGUCGGGGUCGGAUGAGGAGGGCGAUGAAGGGGAGGACGAGGAGGAGGAGGACGACGAGGAGGACGAGGAGGCGGGGGCGGCCGGGUACGGGGCGGCGGCGGGCGGUGAGGACCUGCUGCCCGAGUCGGUGCUGGCGGCGGUGGCGGAGCGGGAGGUGCGGCAGGCGGCGGCGGAGCAGGAGCGCGCGGCGGCGCUGGCGGCCAACCGGCGGGCAGCCAAGCGCGCCGCCAAGAAGGCUCGCCUGGUGGAGGUGCGGCAGGGCGUGGUGGCGGUGGCGGUGCUGCCCAAGAUCAAGGCGGGGGCGGGCCAGGCGGGGGCGGGUAGCUUCAUGCGGGAGGCGCUGUACGGCAGCGGUCGGAUACGGAGGAGUGUGGACGCGCUGACUCGCAACCGGCGCGGGCCGUCCUCCAAGUUUGUGCGGUAGCCUCUGAGCGGUGGUCGGGGGGGGGGGCGAAGGACGGCGGGGCGGAGGUUUGAAUGGUGGCAAAGGCAAGGGAAGGGAGGCAGGGAGCGAUGGACAGCGUUUACAGAUGUGGGGAAAAGCUUACACGUGAGCAGGUAGGUGCGAUGGUGGCGGAGGAGGCCAUACCUGACACGACUACUUGAUGGUGACAUUUCUCAAGCGGCCGGGGCCCCAGGGGUGAUGUGUAUAGCUGGCUCCAGUUUUGCCGGGGUUGAGCGGGGCAAGAGGCGUGAAUGUGAAGCACCGACGGGUGGUAGUUGGAAAGCGGAUAACGGGCAUGGCGUUUGCGCACAUGUAGUGACGCAGCGACGGACUUGCCGCAUGGCCAUGACGACUGCGCGGCCUCGCAGCUGCUGCUUGCUGCUGCGCCGUCCUGGCAGCCGGGGCGCCUGGCGAGGCGACAGGCCCCAGACUAGCAGACAGAUACCCUGGGUCCAGGCCUCCAGGGCUAGUGUUCAGUACGGUGACAAGUACUAGCGGCCGCUGCUGCUGGCUGCUGGUGUCCAUUGUAGGCCAUUGUCCAGCGCGUCACGAUGCAGCGGGAUGCUGCGGCAUGCGGGAGUGUGGGAUCCUCCGCAUGUAGGCAGCGGGAUGCUUGGGAGCUACAUGCAGCCGCUGGGAACGAGGCCCAUGACA